AUGCCUUACAAUACUCGUCGGAAAUCCCUCUCCUUGCCCUCGCUCGGCAUUCAUCUGCCUAACGCCUCUCGCGCUCACCGCCCAGGUCCCAAGGCUACACCAACCCCAGAUGCUGCUCAAUCUCCUCCCGCGAAGAAGUUGAAACGUUCUCACGAGGCCGACGAACCUCUCUCACCCGUUUCCUCGCCACGUUCCAAGACUGGAUCGCCAGCAAUUGACCUCCCUACAUCCACGCACCCGGUGCGACGAGAUGCAGCCGAACAGACUCCUCCCCCUUCUCCCAAAUUUGCUCCGCCGAUCCGAAAAGUCGACACAGAUGGUAUCCACGACGAUAUUGUGAUUGCGGUGAUUGAGCAAUUGGAAAAGACGGGCAAUCGACCACACCUCAUCAAGGACCUCGCCACCAUACUGGCCUCGACGAAUGUCAGUAUCGCGCAUUCUGCCAAUCCCGCGGCCUUGCUUUCCUCCCGUCUCAGUCUCUACCUGAAGCGACCGUGGACGGCCUUGUCACCUUGCCCGCUAGCCAAGGAACUCAUACCGAUUCAUCCGAGGAAGGUCUUCUUUUUCCUGACUACUCAACCGCGGAUGCCUUUGCCUGAAUCCUCGGAUGACAUCCUCCCACCUCCUUUGAUCUCAAUCAAGAACCUCACCCCUAGUGUGUCCGAUCACAGCCAGGUUGACGAUGAGUUGGAGUUGGAUCACAGAGAGCGGGUGCGUUUGUCUCCAAGCCCCGAAGUGGAACUGUAUUCCCCGGAGCUAGAUCAUGAUGAUCCGAUGGAGCCCCCAACGCCCGGUGAGUAUUUCAGUGCUAGAAGCAGCUUGAAUCCAGACGGUACAUCCGAUGUUCGCCGAAGAUCCAAUCGUGCACCAAGUCCACCAUUGGAGGCGGACGAGCGAGGCUUUACCGAGACCGCCACGGCUGUACGGGCGCGUGGCAUGAGUCUACACAAUCAUAUUGUUCAACCGUCUGUUGAAGUGGACGAAAGGGUCCAACCCGUCGAAGUGUCAGAAGAAACUCCCGAGCAACGUCAGAAACGCGAUCGAGAACUCGGACUAGCUCUCUUUGGUCAAUCUCAUCCCGGUCUGCACGCACCCGGAGAGAAACACGUUUCCGGCAGUCCGAUGAUUCCAGCAAGACAAGAUCAUCAGAAUGCCAUGAUUAAGAUGAACGUGACCCUUCAGCUGGAUGAUGUCGAGAUGGGAGAUGCGUCAUGGACUCUGAUGAGUCCAGAACAAAUCGACGUGGAUGAACUUGAUACGUUGUUUACGGGAUUUUAA